CAUUUUGCUUAUUUUUGGAAAUAGCUACUCUUUCUUGGUGCACUUUAAUUUGUGAUAAACUAAAGGGAUUAUUUCUCCCAAGACUAUAUUUCCAAAGGGAAUUAUCAAUUAAGUAAAAAAAGAAACAUCGUAUUUUAAUUUGUGAAGUAAAAAGAAGAAAUGUUGACGUGUAUAACAUGUUCGAAACAACAAAUAGAAGAUGGAGGUGAGGAAGUGGCCGCGCGUGGGACUCCAAGUAAUAAAGAAGCCGUCAAAAGCAUAACGGCGCAGAUCAAAGAUGUAUUAAAAGUUUCGGGUACGUCAAAGGGGAAGCCACCUAUAGCACCUAGCAGCUUUAAGAAAGGGCAGAGAGGUUACCCAGACUUUGAGACGAUCUCUGAUGGGGUACGCUACCCUAGCUAUAUGCAACCUGGAAGCUCUAGUUCUACUCCUGCUUGGGAUUUCACUAGCAAUGAUCCUAAUCAUACAAGUGGAGGAUAUGAGCCCCCGAGACAAUCUGGUCAUUUGGUGUUGGAGGAUGAAGAUGAGCCCAAAGAAUGGAUGGCUCAGGUUGAACCUGGUGUACAAAUUACUUUUGUUUCCUUAUCUAAUGGUGGAAAUGACCUAAAACGGAUUCGGUUCAACCGAGAGAUGUUCAAUAAAUGGCAAGCUCAGAGGUGGUGGGGUGAGAACUAUGAUCGGAUAAUGGAGCUUUACAAUGUCCAGAAGUUCAACUGUCAAGCUUUAAACACGCCAUCUCGGUCUGAGGAUGGGAGAGAUUCUACCUACUCGAGGCUUGGUGAUGCAAGAGAAAGCCCAAUGAUGACCCCAUCAAUAAACAAAGACUGGAAUAGGAACUAUGGAGGCAAUCAACAUUACAAUGUGGGUCCCAGUGCUUACGGGGCUGGUGUGCCCAAGGGUGAAAUGUCAUCUAUGGAGGCAUCAAGAACCACAACAUCAUCUAGAGAUGAGGCAUCGAUUUCAGUUAGCAAUGCUAGUGAUAUAGAUUCUGAGUGGAUAGAGCAAGAUGAGCCAGGUGUUUAUAUAACCAUCAGACAGUUAACAGACGGCACUAGAGAGCUCCGCCGUGUCAGAUUUAGUCGUGAAAAGUUUGGAGAAGUGCAUGCCAAACAAUGGUGGGAACAAAACAGGGAGAGAAUACAAACCCAAUACCUUUAGUUCAACUAUUAACAGUCUAAAAUAGUAAGAUCGUCGCCAAGUUAUGGAAAGCUUCAACAUUAUAUACAACCAUUGUUAACUAGUCAUACAGUUAUCGGUUUCUAGAGGGUCAAAAGUAUUAGAGAAAAGUAUGAGGGAUUUGUACAUCCCUUUUGGAUGUCUGUGAUGUGGAUUUUUUUAUUUAUUGUGUUUCGACAUUGGCAAGCUGCAAUUUGCUAUGUUGUAUUUAUUCUUUAUGAUGAGAGACUAGUGUUUGUUGAUGUUGAUUGGGAAAUGGUACAGAAGCCAAAACAGUUUAAAACUUAGAUUUUUUGCAAUUUUGAGAAACUUUUGGUAA